AUGUUAGAAAGAGCCCUUACAUAUUGCUUAUAAGAAGAAACACCUAUUUCAAUAGCUGAUGUAAUGCAAAUAUAACAGAACCAACAAAUAAACAAUAAAUAACAAAAGAUUUAAGCUUAACCUACUAAAAUAGAAAUUCAAUAAUUUCCAUAAAAAUUUAUAAAACAGUCCUCAAUUAAGGAAUUGAUCAAUUAAGCAAGUUAAGAUUUCAAAUAGGUACCUAAAAUUGUCCAAGAUUUUACUCCAUACCAAAGUGGGUGGUAAAAAAAUAUACUUAACAAAUAUUAUAACAUCAAAACAGGAAAUAAUAGCAUUUUUUGCAACAAAACAAGAAGGAGAGCAUUUUCGAUAUAAAUGAAUUCCAAAAAAGUUAAUUUAAGAAUACGGGAUAUGUCGAUGAUUACUACGAGAAAUUUUUAAUAGGAAAAUAAUUGUUAGUUCUGA